GUUCAACUUCAGAGGGCAAACACAAACUUUUUUGCUUCCAAAAUUCAAAUUGUUUUUACCAACGUUUAAAAUUAUUUGCAACACUUUUAAGUAUAGCAGUUAAUUUAAAGAAAAUUGGGAAUGAUUUCCAGAAACUAUGGACCUGGACCCGGAGCUUACAUGCUUCCGAGCAGUUUUGGGCAGAAAGCACCGAAGUACUCCUUUGGCCAAAGGAUCGAUCGCAGGAGACAAGAAAAAUUUGGUCCUGGCCCAGCUGCCUAUAAGAUAGACAAAGUCACUCGACACGGAAAAUCGGAGGGCCCCAAGUUUUCCAUUUUGGUUAGAUGUCCACUUCCUAGUAGGUUAUCAUAAAUAACAAUGUCUUUUUAUUUAAUGUCUGUACUGAGGAUGAUUUAUAAUAUUUAAGAUGAACAUGAAAAUCUAUAAACAAAUAUCUAACAAUAGUAAAAUAAAGAAGCAAUCUUUGAGACGUAAAAAUAA